UUUUCGUUACUUGGGAAUUUAAGACAUAUUUUUUAUACUGUACUAGGUCUUUGGUUCAGUUUGUUAUUUGUAUUUAGAGUUCAGUGGUGUAACAUAGUUACAUAUUAUAAAACAAGUCAACGGAAGAAUGACAUACGGAUUACAACUCUGUGUCUCUUGCUAGUUUUGCAAACCAGCUAUGGCACUAGGGACGUUACUAUCGACACUCCGGCGGAGAAAGACUGUGUGUACGUCCUCCCUCCAUGACACCAAGCUCAACCGCUGUCUCGGGCUACUCGACCUUAUUGCUCUCGGAGUUGGUUCAUCCCUUGGAGUUGGAGUGUAUGUCGUCACAUCGUACGCAAUAAAGAGCGAAGCUGGACCAUCCUUCGUCAUUUCCAUUAUUAUUGCAGGCGUCGCUACAUUGCUUUCAGGUCUGUGCUAUGCGGAGUGCACUGCCAGAUUUCCAAAAGCCGGCUCCGCCUACUACUACACUUACGUCACACUGGGGGAGUUUUGCUCCUUUGUCAUUGGCUGGAAUAUGACCCUCGAGUAUAUGACCUCAGCCGCCAUUGCUGCGAAAGCCUGGAGCCACUACUUAGACUUCAUGUCAAAUGGAUCGAUUUCAGAUAAUAUUGGAUCUGCCCUAUCUCUUCCGUCCGGUGGCAGAUUUCUGGUUGCUACACCUGACGUGGUAGCUUGUGGGCUUGUCAUUCUAGUAACUGCUGGCAUUGCAACCAGACCAAAGAUGUCGACUAUUAUCACAAUGGCGCUCGUCUUCCUAAGCGUGCUGAUCACCACGUGUUUCGUGUGUAUCGGGUAUUUCCACGUGGACCACAAUAAUUGGACUGAACCUCCAGGUUUCUUCCACCAUGGAUUUUCUGGGGUGAUGCAUGGGGCAGCUACAAUGAUGUUCACAUUUGCAGGCCUGGAGGUGGUCACCUCUGCCAGCGAAGAAACAAGAGAACCUAGCCGGACCACGCCAUCUGCCAUCAUGUACACCAUUCUCAUAACGUCAGUUGUCUACUUUAGUGUAUCAACAUCAGCAACGUUGUCACUGCACUUAUUCCCCAACGCCACCUCGACGGCGUUACCAGUGGUUAUCGGGACACUGCAUAUCCACGGUGCAAGCUCCGUUAUAGCUGUUGGAGGACUAAUUGGUCUUCUUGCAUCUCUUAUUGGUGCUUGUUUUUAUGUGCCAAGGGUUUUAUAUGCAAUGUCAACGGACAAACUACUGUUUUCCUUUCUGUCAGAAAUAACCGGCAACAAAAAUAUAAGCAUCGUUUCUGCAAUCGUUCCAGGGAUAUUUGUUAGUUUAGUUGUGCUGUUUGUACAAUUUGAAGUACUUUUACAGAUGGUGUCUGUUGGAACACUUCUGUCUUAUACUGCCGUUGCAAUAGCUGUGAUUUGUUCACGGUAUCAACCAGGAAUGGAUGUAAUUGGACUUUUUAGUGAAUAUGAAGACCCAAGUGAUACAUCGUUUAUGCAAUGUACGGACUUUUCUUAUAAGGAGUUUCAUGUUGACAGUCCCCGAUACGCUCUUUACAAUUCACAAGCAAUUUAUCCUGGAUAUAAUAGGAAAGACAUUAAAGAGGGAAUGCCACAAUUUUCAAACGGUUUUAAGAGUUCCACAAAAAGCUUCUCCUUUGACGAUAAAAGUAAGCUUGAUUCAAUUAUAAGGCAAAGUAAACUGCAGCAGGCGUGUGAUAGCACUUACACUACUUUAGAUAGUGUUAUAAGUAGUACGCCUAAUGGAAGUGUAUCAGGCUUAUUACAGUUUCCAUCAGAUGCGGCAUAUGAGACGACAGAAGGAACGUGGCGAAAAGCUGUUUUCGGAUUAUUACUUUUUAUCGUAUUAUCUUUAAUACUGUGCGUGACAUGUUUAUACAUGGAGUCUGUUAUUAAGCUCAGCAGCUGGUGGUGGCUUCUAAUAUUUUUUUCAUUCCUGGUGAUUCUAAUUAGCGCAUUGGUCAUUGUUGCCAAGCAACCGCAGAAUAGAACAAAUUUAUAUUUCCGGACACCAUACGUUCCGUUUAUACCAUUGAUGUCUGUGUUUUUGAAUAUCUACCUUCUGUCAUCUCUGCCACUGGAAUCCUGGGUUCGUUUCUCCAUUUGGACAGCUCUUGGUUUGAGUCUAUACUUCCUCCAUGGCUAUAAACACAGCAAUGAACAUCAGAUUGAAGACGAAGAAGUUGUUCUUUACGAGAUAGGUGAUGGUUUUGGAACUGAAACACACACGAUAAACAGAACAUAGUUUAAGUCUAUAGAAUCCAGCAUAUUAACAUCCUAAUUUAUAACAUUGUCAAAUAUGUAUCUAAAAACAAAAAUGCCAACAUACUGAUUUUCUACGGUAUAUAAAAAGUUACACGGUUGCGCGAAGAGGUUUUCAUUGCGAAGGUUCGGUCACUUUUAUUAUGUAAAAGAUGUUACAUGGUUAUUACGUUUAGAGUUUUCAUUGC